AUGGGAGCCAAAGUCCCGCGCAACUUCCGCCUGCUCGAGGAGCUUGAAAAGGGCGAAAAGGGCCUCGGCGCAGAGGCGUGCAGCUACGGCCUCGAGGACUCCGAGGACCUACUCAUGAGCAACUGGAACGGGACGAUUCUUGGGCCGCCACACUCCGUCCACGAGAACCGCAUCUACAGCGUGAAGAUGCACUGCGGCGAAAAAUACCCCGACGAGCCUCCCACCAUUCAGUUCGUCAGCCAGGUCAACCUCCCCUGCGUCAACCCGCACAACGGCGUCGUCGACCCCAAACAACUGCCCUGCCUCGCCCAGUGGAAGCGCGAAAACACCAUGGAGACAGUCCUCAUCGAACUACGGAGGUACAUGGCUGCUCCGGCCAAUAAGAAGCUGCAACAGCCCUCCGAGGGAUCGACAUACUCAUGA